UUUCAAGUUGCAAGUCAUUUUUACUCGGCUCAUUCGUUUCUGGUCUCCCUCGGAAGCUCAAGAGUAAUGACGAACAAUUCUGAUUUACCGUCCCUCGUUCGCCUCAAUAUCGGAGGACAGAAAUUCUGUACUACUAUUGAUACAUUGACUCAGCGAGAACCUGAUUCAAUGCUUGCAGCAAUGUUCAGUGGUCGACAUACUGUAUCCCAGGACUCUGUGAAGGGAUAUGUCUUUGUCGAUAGAGAUGGAAAACAUUUCCGUCACAUACUAAAUUGGUUGAGGGAUGGUGUUAUUCCCACUUUGACAGAUGCUGAAUAUUUAGAACUUCUGCGGGAAGCAGAAUAUUAUCAGCUGCUGGGACUAAUAGAAGAAAUUACUCCCAUCAUAAAUAAGAAGAAGGAAGCUGAUGAAGUAGAGUCUGAAUUAACUCGUGCAGAUAUCAUCAAGUGUAUACAGUCUGAGAGAGUCAGAUUUCGUGGCGUUAAUCUCUCUGGUCUUGAUCUCUCAAAACUGGAUCUUUCAUUUGUUGACUUCAGCUAUGCUUGUCUUAAGAAUGUUUUCUUUUCACGUGCCAAUCUUCAAUGUGCGAAAUUUCGGGAUGUAGAUGCCGAGUGUUCCAUCUUUCAUAAUGCAACCCUGCGUGAAUGUGAAUUUACUGGAGCGAAUCUUCGUGGAGCUUUACUAGCAGCUGCUAAUCUUCAGAGUGCAAAUCUACAAGAUGCCUGUUUGAUAGAUUGUAGUUUCUGUGGUGCAGAUCUUCGUUCUGCACACUUACAGAGUGCGGAUCUUACUAAUGCUAAUUUAGAGGGAGCUAAUCUGGAAGGAGCCAAUUUGAAGGGUGCGAAGUUAACAAAUGCCAAUCUGAAGUCAGCAAACCUUCAACGAGCCUAUCUGCGGCAUGUCAAUCUUCGAGAAACUCAUUUGGAAGGUGCAAAGCUCGACGGUGCUAAUUUGCUUGGAGCAAUCCGAUGAUCCUCGGUGAAAUACCUGUAUCUUUGGUAUAAAUCUAUAUCCGGAAUGUCUUUAUCCAUUCUCUUGCAAAUGAUAGUAUGUGGUAUGAAGAGACAUACAAAUCACAGUUGUCCUUAAUAAAUUUGUAAGACCAGUUUGUAAUUUAAUAUGGUGGAUUGUAAAUUAUUUUCGAACUUGUGCGUAGUAGCUAAUGAUUGGUGGUUAUUUCCAUCUAAAGAGAAGUCAAGGAUGUUGAUGCCAUGAAUCUUGACCUUCAAGCUAGAUUACGUCCUUGACGAAUCUUGUUGUAUAAUAUAUUGACUUUAUUCACAAUCAUAUUAUAUCUUUGUUA